CACACAAACAACUCCAACAACAUGAAUAGUUUGGUAAAAGUUUUCAGUAAUUUUAAGGAAUUCUACAGUGAAAUCAAUGGUGCCACCCUAACGGGAGCCAUUGAUGUAAUUGUUGUUGAGCAGCCCGAUGGCGAAUUCCAGUGUUCACCAUUUCAUGUGCGUUUCGGCAAGCUGGGUGUCCUCAGGAGUCGUGAGAAAGUGGUCGACAUUGAAAUCAAUGGCGAACCCGUCGACAUACACAUGAAAUUGGGCGAAUCUGGUGAAGCGUUUUUCGUUGAAGAAUGCCCCGAAGAAGAUGUCGAAGAGCUACCCGAUAAUAUGGCAACAUCGCCCAUACCCACAAAUCAUUUUCCCGAUAAAUAUUUAAAAAAUGGAACUAGUUUAGAUAAUGACAACGAUUUAGAUAAAAAUGCUAGUGAAACGCUGCAAAUACCCAUGACAUUGCCAUUGCCCAGACGUAAUUCCAUUGAUUUCUCUAAAGAGUCAGCUAAGGAGUCGGAUGAACCAUCGCAUAAAUUUGAAAAUCAAAUAUCCGAUUAUAGCCAUAGAAGACAUACUGAUAACACCCUGGAAAGGCGUAACCUUAGCGAAAAACUCAAAGAGUAUACCACACAAAAAUUGCGCCAGGAAUGGGCUGAACAUGAAGAAAUCUUUCAAUUCGAUGCAAUUGAUAAGGAUAAGGAUUGGAGUAACAGCACUCAAACAGAUGAAAAACGUCUUGAAAGUGAAACCAAAGAAGAUGACAUUGUCGAAGAAGCCAAGAAAAAACAACCAGCUGCGGAAACCUCCUCCUUAGAUGCCACCCUAACAUCACAAAGUGCUGCUGCUGCCGAUAAAUCCAAAACCACAGAUAAUAAAAUCAAUGUACAGCAACAAGAUCAACAGCAGCAACAACAACAACAAUUAUCCUCCAACACAAAUAGCAUUAAAGAGGAAUCGAAAAGCAAAAAGAAACGCCGCAAGAAGUCUCAAAUGAAAAAGAAAAAUGCUCAACGUAAAACAUCAUCGAGCAGCUCGCUGGGUAGCAACACCCCCGUCGAUGGUACACCAACCACAGACGAAAAUAACAAAGCGGCCGAAGAUGCCGACACUAGCUCUCUAUCGAUCUCAAAUAACACCACCAACUCAUCAAAUGAUGAAGCUUCACCCAAGUCCGUUGAAGCUGUGACCGCUCUUGCCGGUGAUGAAAGUCAAAUUUCCGAACGUGAACAGCAGCAAUGCAAAACAUCACCCAUUACACCAACCACCUCACGUAUACACGAUUUAGAUAUACAUUUCUUUUCGGAUACCGAAGUUACCUCAUCGGGUGGUAAUGGUGCCUGUGGUAUUGGUAGGGGUGCUGGACGCCCUUCAUCGCCCAUCCAAAGUGAUAGUGAAUUGGAGAUAUCGUUGCGUGAAAAGGAAACCGAUAGUGAUCUUAUGACCUCGUCGGCCUCAUGGAAAUGGGGCGAACUACCCACACCCGAAGUCAAGGGUGAUGUGAAUGCUGAAAAUCAGGCUGCACGGGCCCAGGCACAGCACAACUCCAUGUUGAGUAAUAUGUUUAAUUUUAUGAAGAAAAAUAACAAAAUGCGUAAACAAGGCACGGAUGGUGGUAUUUAUUUGGCCGAUGCUGAGGGCAUGGAUCCCGAAAUGUUGGCCAUGUAUAUACCGAAUGCAAAUUCAGCAUCAAUUUCCAAAGAAAAUUCACCAGCAGUGGGUGCUGGUGGCAAUUUGCACGGUCAAGAUGAUGAUCGUGAAAGUGGUAAUGGUACCUCGUUGCCGCAUUCGCCCAGUUCAUUGGAGGGUCAAAAGAGUUUGGACUCGGACUAUGAGGAUGGCAAGGCACCCGAUGGAAAAUAUUUGGAUUUCGUUGCCAUGUCCUUGUGUGGCCUCCAAGAAAAUCGUGAUCCCUCCGAUGAGGAAUUUGAGCGCAAUGCCAUCAAAUACAAGGAUGUCUGUGAAAAUCCCAGCAUUUUCUCAUCACCAAAUUUAGUGGUCCGCCUUAAUGGUAAAUAUUACAGCUGGGCGGCUGCAUGUCCAAUUGUCAUGACCAUUAUAACUUUCCAGAAGCCUUUGACUAAUGAUGCCAUUGAACAGUUAAUGGUUAAUGCCAAGGCAGAUGCUGCCGCCGCAGCUGCUGCUGAGGCCGAGGCUGCUGCCAAUAAAACUGAUACUGAAGCUGGUACUCCAACUGGCACACAAAAUCAAGCCAAACGUUCCUGGUGGUAUUGGCGCCGUUCGCAAAAUGUCAAUCAGGCCCCAGUCAAUAGCCAGAAAUCGGUUAAAAUUGAAGACAAGCAAGAGAACUUAGAUCAAACUGCUGUGGCCACCACCCAAACAUCACGACCUAAUUCCCCAGAUUUAAGUGAUCGUACUCUUAGCAAAACCGACUCAACAAUGAAUGCUGAAAAUACCUCAGCCAUUAUGGAGAAUAUGGAAGAUUUAUCACAAGCCUCUUCAAAGAGUGAAUCGACUGGGGAUAAAAAUAAAAAUGAACAUUAUAAGAAAUCAUUGCGUCUCAGCUCGGAAGCAAUUAAAAAACUUAACCUCAAAGAAGGUAUGAAUGAAAUUGAAUUUAGUGUUACAACCGCCUAUCAGGGUACAACACGCUGCAAAUGUUAUUUGUUCCGUUGGCGUCACAGUGAUAAAGUUGUUAUAUCUGAUAUUGAUGGCACCAUCACCAAAUCAGAUGUUUUGGGUCACAUUUUACCAAUGGUUGGUAAGGAUUGGGCUCAAUUGGGUGUCGCCCAACUCUUCUCAAAAAUUGAACAAAAUGGCUAUAAGCUAUUAUAUUUGUCGGCACGUGCAAUUGGUCAAUCGAGGGCAACACGUGAAUAUUUACGAUCAAUACGUCAGGGUGAUGUAAAGCUGCCCGAUGGCCCCUUACUGCUAAAUCCAACAUCAUUGAUCUCAGCCUUCCAUCGAGAGGUGAUAGAGCGAAAACCUGAACAAUUUAAAAUUGCUUGUCUAUCGGAUAUUAGGGAUUUGUUCCCCAACAAAGAUCCCUUCUAUGCUGGUUAUGGUAAUCGUAUAAAUGAUGUCUGGGCCUAUCGUGCUGUUGGCAUACCCAUUAAGCGUAUUUUCACAAUAAAUACCAAAGGAGAAUUAAAACAUGAGUUGACACAAACAUUCCAAUCCUCCUAUUGCAGUAUGACCUAUAUUGUUGAUCAACUAUUUCCGCCCAUCAAACCCGACGAGGCAGCAGCAUUUGAAUUCUCCAACUUCAACUACUGGCGUGACCCAAUACCCGAAAUUGAUUUAUUUUUAGAUGAAAGUGCCAACAACACCACAGCCGGAGGAUCGGCCAAUACAACACUGAACAACAGUGUUAACUCGGAUAAUAACGCCAGUGUAAAUUCUUCGCUUUCAAAGACUCUAACGACCAUUCCAGAAAAUUAAAU